GAUGCAUGAAAAUUUUUCACCCACAGGUACGAGACUCAGCUCUUAGCCUAGCAGAUGAGAUGCCAAAGAGUGAUGUCAAUAAAGAGUUCUACAUCCAGAACAUGGAGAAACAGAUGGCAGCUACAUCUGAUGGUAGCACAGCAGGAGGGGUUCUAGGCAAAACAAAAACACAUUCAGAGAUGCUCCUGCGUCUGGCUCGCACAACGCCAUACUACAAGCGGAACCGGCCCCACAUUUGCUCAUUCUGGGUGAAGGGUGAAUGCAAACGAGGUGAAGAGUGUCCCUACCGGCAUGAGAAGCCCACCGACCCUGAUGACCCUCUGGCCGAUCAAAAUAUCAAGGACCGUUACUAUGGUGUCAAUGAUCCUGUUGCUGACAAGCUACUGAAGAGGGCUGCAGCCAUGCCCCGGCUGGAACCCCCAGAGGACAAGUCCAUCACUACAUUGUAUGUGGGUAACCUAGGUGACAGGAUUGGUGAGAAGGAGUUGCGAGACCACUUCUACCAAUAUGGGGAGCUACGCAGUGUAAACGUGGUGGCUAAGCAGCAGUAUGCCUUUGUGCAAUUUACCACACGUUCUGCUGCAGAACUUGCUGCAGAACGCACCUUCAACAAACUUAUCAUUCAGGGGAGGCGGCUCAACAUAAAAUGGGGCCGGUCACAGGCCAGACAGGGUGGUCUUGGCAUUGGGGGCAUUGAAGGUCUUGAGGGAGAGGAGGUUGCUCCACAACCUUUGGAGCCAGUUCCUGGCCUGCCCACACUACCUCCACCUCCAGAGGAACUUCAGAACAACUUCUUCAAUCUACCCUCACAGGCGGCCAGCAUACCACUCCCACCAGGACAGGCACCAGCUGUCACUGGGGCACCAUCAAUCCGACCCCCUAUGCCUCCAGGCCAAGCUCCUCCCAGACCUCCUGUCCCUCCUCCAGGCAGCCUCCCAGGAGGCCCUCCUCCUGUGAGUGGUCCCCUUGGCCCACGUCCACCCCCAGGGGUUCCCCCUGCUCCUCCAGGCCACCUGCCACCCCUCCAGCCCCCUCCUUUCUUCCCCCCUCACCUUCGUGCCCCACUUCGCCCCCCACCAGGAGUUCGCCCUCCAACAUACUUCCCCCAGCCACCUCCCAUCCCAGGUGUAGGACCCCCUCCUCCCCUCACACAUGGCAUCAUCCACUACCCCUCGCAAGAUCCCACACAAAUGGGGGCCAAUCCAGACAAGAAAUAGAUAUGUACAUAGGACGGACUGAUUAGCUUUAGUGACUAAUUUUAAUGAUGAAUGUCAGUUUUAUUUUGUUAUUUUUAUUAUGAAAAAGUUUAUCAUUGUCAAUAGUGAUUAAAAUAAGAAAUAUUGUAAAUUUGCAAUCACACACAUUUGGAUUAGGAAAUAAGGUGCUGUAAUAAAUGUGAAAUUACAUAUAAAAGUUUCUUCUUAUUGUCAUUUUUACAUUACACAGCUACCCAAUAUAUGCUGGGAUUAUGAAUAACAAAGCUCCAGUAUUUUGACAGACUUCUUUCUUUUGAUAUACAAAAUGUAUCAUUUUUUUAAUGGCAAUGGCCUGUUUAAUAAAAAUAAAUUUAGGUAAA